AUGCCAAGAAACUAUAUAAGAAAAACUGAACCAAGGUGGGACAAAGCAAUAAUAAAAUUGGCUAUAAAUGACUACAUCAACGAUGAUUAUCUGACAAAUGAAGGCAGGUUUAAAAACACAUUUACUGAUGAACAAUUGCAAGCAUUACAAAAUUAUAUUACUGAUAUUGAUAAACGUUCUUUCGGUCUGACAAAAUUACAGUGCCAAAGCUCGAUAUUCAAUGUGGACGAAUUUGGUAUCUCUAGCGUGCCAACUAAACUACUAAAAGUUAUUUCUCCAACUGGUGCACGAAGAGUUGCAAAAAUUGUGUCUGCAGAACGUGGAAAAAAUAUCACUGUCGUUCUAGGAAUAAGUGCUACAGGUGUAUACGUGCCACCCUUUCUAAUAUUUGCAAGAAAACGUAUGGAUAAACAAUUAAUAGAAGGAGCACCUCCUGUUUCAGUGGCUAUAUGUAAUGAUAAUGGUUGGAUGACUUCUGAAAGUUUCUUGCUUUACCUUGAGCAUUUUUGUAAACAUGUAAAAGCAACUCCUGAAAAUCCUAUAUUAUUAAUUCUGGAUAACUAUGCUUCACAUGUUUUUCUACAAGCCAUUCGUUCUUGUCGUGAAAAUAAUAUUACAAUGCUUGGAUUUCCUCCCCAUACCACACAUAGGUUACAGCCACUAGACGUUGCAGUUUUCGCGUCUCUGAAGACGUAUUAUAGUCAAGCCUAUGAUACAUUUAUGGUAAAUAGCCAGGGACGUGCAAUAAAUGAUCGUGACAUCAGAAAACUAUUUAGUGAAUCAUAUAAUAGAGCUGCUACUGUAGGAAAUGCCAUAAAAGGUUUCAGUGUUUGUGGUAUAGAACCCUUUAAUCCAAAUAUUUUUUCAGAUCAUGAUUUUGUUUCUACGGAAGUUACAGAAAGACCAUUGACUAUUGAAGAGCAGCCUAUACCUGAAUCAAUAUAUAAUGAUCAGCUUAUACCUGGACGAAUAAAUGAAGAGCACCCUAUACCUGGACCAAGUCGGACAAUUGAAAACAUUCAGCCAAAACUACCAGCUUUACCAGUGGCAGUGAGACCUGUUUCCAAACACAAACCUAGGGCCAAAUUGCCAACUUUAGAGAUAACAAGCUCACCAGUAAAAACCAAAUUAGAAAUGAAAGAACAACAAAAAAUCUUAAAUGAACAAAAAAAAAGAGAACGAUUAGAAAAAAGAAAGCUGAGUAAAAAAGAAAAUAAGAUAAGAAAUAGAAAACUGCGUGGGAUAAAUAAUAGACGCAAAUUAAUUUUAUCUUCUGAAGAAUCGGAAAAUGAUGAAGUUCCAAAUGUUGAUACGAGUAAUGAAGAAUCAAGUUAUAACGAAGAAUGCUGGGACAAGAUGAGCAGCAACGGCGUAACCGAGGACGACGACUUUGCCGACGAUCCGUUACGUAAGUAA